AUAAAACUUAAAGCCAGUUUCUAUUCAACAUAGUGAAAAGGUCACCUUGUCCAGCUGAGAAAAGAAGCAAAAUAGCAGCUUGUUGGUUUCUGUUAACAUCUUGGCUCGUGCCAGCCUCUUUUCCUUGAUGUUUGCACCAAUUUGGGCUAUCUAGCUAUAAAGAGAGACAUACUGUACUCAUGGUAGAUGACAAGGAAAAGAACAUGAAAUGUCUCACCUUCUUCUUGAUGCUUCCAGAGACAGUAAAAAAUAGGUCCAAGAAAAGCUCGAAGAAGACAAAUACCAGCAGCAGCAGCAGCGGCAGCAAGUUGCCCCCAGUUUGUUAUGAAAUAAUCACCUUGAAGACUAAAAAGAAGAAGAAGAUGGCUGCUGAUAUAUUCCCGCGUAAAAAACCAGCCAACUCCAGCAGCACCACUGUCCAGCAGUACCACCAGCAGAAUCUCAGUAACAACAACCUUAUUCCGGCCCCAAACUGGCAGGGUCUCUACCCCACCAUUCGAGAAAGAAAUGCAGUGAUGUUCAAUAAUGAUUUGAUGGCAGAUGUACAUUUUGUGGUUGGGCCACCAGGUGGGACUCAGCGGUUGCCAGGACACAAAUAUGUUUUAGCUGUUGGGAGCUCUGUGUUCCAUGCAAUGUUUUACGGAGAACUUGCUGAGGACAAAGAUGAAAUCCGUAUACCAGAUGUCGAACCUGCUGCUUUUCUCGCUAUGCUGAAAUAUAUCUAUUGUGAUGAAAUUGACUUGGCUGCUGACACAGUGCUGGCCACUCUUUAUGCUGCCAAAAAGUACAUCGUCCCUCACCUCGCCCGCGCCUGCGUUAAUUUCCUGGAGACCAGCCUGAGCGCCAAGAAUGCCUGUGUGCUUCUUUCCCAGAGCUGCCUGUUUGAGGAGCCAGACCUGACCCAGCGUUGCUGGGAGGUGAUCGAUGCCCAGGCUGAGUUAGCUCUCAAGUCUGAGGGAUUCUGCGAUAUCGACUUCCAGACUCUAGAAAGUAUCCUCCGCAGGGAAACUCUGAAUGCCAAAGAAAUUGUGGUUUUUGAGGCAGCUCUCAACUGGGCUGAAGUGGAAUGCCAGCGGCAGGAUCUAGCUUUGAGCAUUGAAAAUAAACGCAAGGUCCUCGGAAAGGCACUUUACUUGAUCCGCAUCCCCACGAUGGCCCUAGACGAUUUUGCAAACGGUGCUGCCCAGUCUGGAGUUUUAACUCUCAAUGAGACCAAUGACAUUUUCCUCUGGUACACUGCAGCCAAGAAACCCGAGUUGCAGUUUGUGAGUAAAGCCCGCAAAGGCCUCGUCCCCCAGCGCUGUCACCGCUUCCAGUCAUGUGCCUACCGGAGCAACCAGUGGCGCUACCGGGGCCGCUGUGACAGCAUCCAGUUUGCAGUUGAUAAGAGAGUGUUCAUCGCUGGCUUUGGGCUGUAUGGCUCCAGCUGUGGCUCUGCGGAGUACAGCGCCAAGAUUGAACUUAAGCGGCAGGGCGUUGUUCUAGGGCAGAACUUGAGCAAGUACUUCUCAGAUGGCUCCAGCAAUACCUUCCCCGUGUGGUUUGAGUACCCAGUGCAGAUUGAGCCAGACACCUUCUACACAGCCAGCGUGGUACUGGAUGGCAAUGAACUCAGCUACUUCGGACAGGAAGGCAUGACGGAAGUUCAGUGUGGCAAGGUGACUGUCCAGUUCCAGUGCUCCUCGGAUAGCACCAAUGGCACUGGGGUGCAGGGUGGGCAGAUCCCGGAACUCAUAUUCUAUGCUUGAAAACCCCUCCCGAAGCAGUGUGAGCUCUGAGGUGCACAUCUGGUUCCCACUCGCUUGAUGCUUAGCUCAUCUGCAGAUACGUGAUCAGCGCAGGUAAUUCGUAAUGAACGAAGCUAUAGGCAGUUUCUGAUUUCUUUCAGCCUUUUAAUUAUGUACAGGCAAAAAUGCAGCAUUCAGCUUUUAACUAUAUGCUUAAAAGAGCCAAGUUCUUAUUAAGGCUUUGUGGUUUUUAGAGUUGCGUCUAUACACCUGGGAAGAAUUUGUGCUCUUUUCCAACUGCGCCACUGACCUCCCAGUUUUGUCCCUUUUAAAAUUUUCAGGAUCACCCUGAAUUUCCUUUAGGGCUUUAUUUUGACAUAGAAAUAAAUACUCUAAAAUAAUGAUAAGAGUUAU